GCACCGAUAGAUGAUGAAGUUCGUCAAGUUUUCGUUGAUGGCGCGAGUGUUUACUCGUUCGCACUCUCUCGUCGUCUUGUGAUCAACAAAAAGCAAAAACAACACCCUUUCGCUGACCCUUAUCUGUUCUCCACUUGAGCUCCAUUAAUUCUGAACUCAAACACACUCGAAUAGCAGACGACGACAAGGCGCGCAGUUGCAGAAGCUCCACCCCCGAAGGCCACAAGUGGAGGGAAGAACUGCUGCACUCUUGGAGAACGCGUACGUUGGCUCUGGGGUUGAUUUUCAACGCCCUUGCUAUCGACCAAGGAGAGCAGAUAUUGACUUUGAAAAGUAAACACACAAACACGGCAGCGGCUCUCUCCGAGUUCAGUCCCGAAGAGACACUCGAUCCAGCAGUCGUGGUCAACUUUCUUUCGGAAAAGGACGUUCCACGCACAAAUGACCUGGUCACCGUUGUAGAGGCAGAAGAGAAGCUGUCAGAGAGGGAUCAUGUCUCGCCCCCAGCGAUUGUUGCGGCUCUGCGCCUCUCUCCACGAUCAAAACUCUGCCCAGCUGCAAGUAAAAAUAAAUAAUUUUUUGCAAGAGGAGAGUGGCAGCAAAUGUGUGUUUUUGGUGCCAAUUUUGGCUGAGUCUGAAGAAGUCUUGGUGCAGGUCAUCAUGGAAAAGAUCUUGCCGCAGGAAAUGAGGUUCCCGAUGAGCACCAGUGUGCUGGGGAUGGCGAUCACCUCAAGUCCCAUAACUCUCACUGACCUGCCGGAGGAGAAGGUGUCCGAGUUGAGCCACUUGCUUGGUUUCGACCCCGAGUCGUACCUCUCAGUUUGUAUCCGACACCCUGAGAGCCAAUCAGCAUCCUUAAUUGUCUGCCUAGUCAACUUCCCACCUACCUCUCAGCCAGAUAAAUUGAUAGAUAUCGCUGAAAAUUGCUGCUUGACUCUGCUCGGCAUAAUCCUCAACACCAUGUCAUACGAAAGGGAAAAAAGGCUUAAGAUGCAGUGCCAGUCUCUUCUUACUGUUGCAAAGAACCUGUUCACACACCUAGAUAAUAUCAAUGAACUGCUGAGGGAAAUUAUGAUGGAGGCUCAGAAGUUGACCAAUGCCGAGCGCUGCUCCCUAUUCUUACUGGAUCACGAACACCACCAGCUCGUCGCCAAUGUGUUUGACGGCUACCCUACAAAGGGCGAAAAUGAGCCCUUGCAAGAGAUCAGGAUUGCUGAAAAUCAGGGCAUCGCAGGUCACGUUGCCAUGACAGGGGAGCUUCUCAACAUCAAAGAUGCUUAUUCUCACCCCCUUUUCUACAAAGGCAUGGACGAAACCACAGGCUUUGUUACAAGGAACAUUCUUUGCAUUCCGAUCAAGGAUGAAAAAAGAGUUGUCGGCGUUGCUCAGCUCUGUAAUAAAAUCAACGGAAUGCAGUUCACUUCUUCAGACGAAGAAAUCGCCGUCGCCUUUAGCAUUUUCUGCGGAAUCAGCAUCAUGCACAGCCUCAUGUACAAGAAGGUUCAAGACGCCCAGUCAAGGAGCAAACUUUCAAACGAACUCAUGAUGUACCACAUGAAGGUCUCCGCUGACGAGCUUUCUCGUUUAGCUGAAGCUAUGGUACCUAGCCUAGAUGAAAACUUCUCUUCGUACUAUUAUGUUCCGAGAGACAUUCCUGUAGACAAUACUCCUUCAAUAGUCUUGGCAAUGUUUGAGGAUCUAGGUCUUAGUCAGAGGUGGAGGAUUGGUCAAGAAGUGCUUGCAAAGUUUGUACUGCUAGUCAAAAGGGGGUACCGAGACCCUCCGUAUCACAACUGGAUGCAUGCAUUCACAGUCACGCAUUUUGCCUUCUUGCUUCUAAAAAACCUGAAAGUUGUUGAGCAGGGACAUAUCUCAGAGCUUGAAGCAUUGGCUUUAAUCGUUUCUUGCCUGUGCCAUGAUCUGGACCAUCGAGGGACCACAAAUUCAUUCCAGCUGACAUCAAAUUCCGUGCUUGCAGGACUGUACAGCUCAGAGGGCUCCGUCAUGGAGAGACACCAUUUGUCACAAACUAUGUGCAUUUUGAACACUGAAGGAUGCAAUAUUCUCCAAAAUUUGAAUGAAAAGGAGUAUGAGAAAGUUCUCGAAUUGAUCAGGGAAAUAAUUUUAGCUACUGAUCUGGCUCAGCACCUUCGGAUUGUUGCAAAAUAUUGUGAUCUGGUAAGCGCCGGAUUUGACAAGACCAACGAAACUCAUCGAAAGCUUUUGCUGACUCUUAUGAUGACCUGCUGUGAUCUCAGUGACCAAACAAAGAAGUGGCCAGUAACAAAACGAAUAGCGGUUCUUGUGUAUCAAGAAUUCUUCUCGCAAGGGGACCUGGAAAAAGCAAUGGGCAACAGACCAAUAGAGAUGAUGGACAGGGAAAAAGCGUGCAUUCCCACUCUUCAGCUUCAGUUUCUCGACGAUAUUGUUCUGCCAACAUACAAUGUACUCUGCAGCCUUUUUGACGAGGCCAAACCGUUGCUCGAAAUUUUAAAGUUCAAUUGUGCCUGCUGGAAAAAAGCACUUGAAAUCUACACUAGUCGAUGGCCUCAGGGUGGAGCCUCUAUCAACAUUCUUGAAGAUGAAUCUCUGGAGAAGGAAGUUAUGGAUUCUUUGGAAUGUGACUUUUAAUGAAAGUCGUCUAAUAAUUACCUGUGUUCACAUUGAGAGAGUUGGUGUCUUUAGUCUUGUUACUAAAGUGGCAAUAAUAAAAAAAGUAUUUCUGCUAGAAAGAGAUAUCAAUACAUUUUAUUUUAU